AUGAAUUCCUGGCGUUAUUGCAGAAUAGAAGGGAAACUGUUCAACCAAAUGCGUGAGAAAGUGAGGGUGUAUCCGCAUGCAAUCAAGGAUCAGAUCAUGAAAGCAAAGGACAGAGACGAGAUCGUCUGCGGAAGGUUGACAAGCGAUCUUGUCUCUGCCCUUCCACGCUGCUACCGGCGACGACACCGUAUGACACUGACCACUGCGGCGAGCAAUGGACCUCCAAAUCCCCGCUGCCACCAGCCCCACACCGGCGGCGGCACCCAAGACGGAUUCAGCAAUGACACCUUUUUCAUGAGGUUAGGCCUUCAGAGGGUGGUUUUCCAUGUUGAGCUGGAUGUCGUUAUCGUCGGCUGUAUAGUCGCGCCGCUAGGGUUUGGAGCCCCGUUGACGCCGAGUGAGGUCGCGGAGGUGAUCCCCACAUGUGACGCUUCCCCCGACCUGAUCACCAGCUGGUCGCUUCCGGAGAAGGUCGUACAGAAGGUAGCAAUCACAGGCAGAGGCCGAGGGGUUCCGGGCACUGCACUGCACUGUCAAAAGCUUGGCUCGUCGGGGCUGGAAAAGCGCCGGCGCCGCCUUUGCAUUGCGCCAUAUGAGAUCGGGAUUGCAACCGUUAUCGGGUCCUGCGGCGUGUCGCUAAACGAUGUCUCGUCCACCAUUUCGAGAUAUUCCCCUUUCUAUUCACCGCGAUCUCCAGGUGUCCAUUUCACAUAUUCUCCAGUUCCACCCCACUCGGGUUCUGAUCCGCGCGGGUUGAAGAGUCUCCUCGGUCUUAAUUGGCUCGUGGGAAAAGAACUCCGGGCAGGAGGAAGAUGCGGCAGCUUCAGCAGGAUGAGCAGUGGAAGAGGGAGGUUUAGCUGGUGGUGGAUAUUUCGGUUGGGUUGUUAUUUGCUAAAUGACUUUCGCUGGAAGCCAAGAAUUUUCGCUUUGACAAAAUCCAUACCCGAUGGCGAUGUUUUCGACCACUAUGCAGCCGCAACCAUCUGGGCGUCGGUUAAGAAACGAGGACGAGGACCAGCCUCCACUACGAAUGCACCAUUGGACUUGCCAGCCAAUGAAGACCUGAGCAGAAACGCAUGA